GAAAAUAAUUGAGAAAUACGAGAAAUUUUCUCAACUUUAGCAACAAGAAUAUAAAUAAAAAAUUUAUAAAGAAAAAUGAAAAAAACUCUAAAACUAUAAUUAAUUUUAUAAAUCUCAUCAUUUUCUGCUGUUUGCAGUAUCUGUGUUUGUGUCGUUGGGAAUAAAUACUCAAGAUUUCUGUGAAAAUCGUAAGGAAAAGUUGGAAAAAGAGUGAAAAAUUCCCGUGUAUCCUACAAGAUCUGAAAAAUCAAUAUUAUUUUUUGGGUGUAUUGGAUUUUUUCGGUACGUUUUAACGUCAAGUGAACAAGAAGAAGUUGUGCAAUUUGAGGAAUAAAUAAACAAAAAAAAAAUAAAUAUAAACAUCGUAUCAACUAUUAUUAAUAUUCAAUUAUGGAUUUACUACUAUAGUUCAAGAUAAAAAGUCUUGCUAUAAUACUCAACAUAAAAUCAUAAUUGAUUCGAGCUUAAAGCUGCUGUCAACAUAGUCAGCUUACGAUGGCCGAACGGUUACGCACAAUAAGCGUAGGUGAAUGUGACUCAGACAUUGGUAUAAAUGAUAUAUUCUCAAGCUCCAUACAUUCAGAGCCUUCUUUAAUGAAUACAUCACAAAUAUCAACAUCAUCGCAAGAUUCACAGCAAAGACAUGGAGGCAAUUUGUCUAAAUCGCCACAUAAUUUACAAUCUAAACAAGUUGGAUCUUCGUCAUGUCGCUUCCCAAAACUUGAAGAAUGUGCGCAUUUUCAUUAUGAAAGAGUACAGUUGGGCAAUAUCUUGAUUCGUUUAAUUGAAGACAAGCCAGAUAUUGUUGUUGGUGCAGGAAGUUUAUCACAAGAUCAACAGUCACAUUGGUUCAUAAUUAAUGUCUCAGCUGGACGAUCCGAACCAUUCUUAAUAAAAAGAUCUUUACAAAAUAUGAAAAUGUUGGAUCAGAUGUUACAUCAAUGUGUCUAUGACCGUCGUGUGAGUGACUUACAAGAUCUUUCUGAACUUAGUGAGUUUACAGAUGAAGAGGAACUGCUUGAUACUGUCGAUAUUUACCUGUCAAGAUUAUCAAGAAUUGCUAGUGAUUCAAUGACAUGCGGAUCAGUUUUGACAUGGCUUCAGCUUGACAACAAAGGAAGACGACUUCCUGUGGCUGAUUCCGAUACGAUGUUAACGAUUAAUACUCCAGCAGUUGGUGCUGCUUAUGGCAUUCGUCGAUAUGUAGCACAAGCUUGUGAUGAAAUUUCGAUAGAAGUUGGUGAUAUGAUUUCUGUCAUUGAUAUGCCUUCUCCUGCUGAGUCGCUAUGGUGGCGUGGAAAGAAAAAUCAUUUUCAGAAAAAUCAAUACGAAGUUGGAUUUUUCCCUCAAAAUUGUGUAGCAACGAUUGGCGAAAAAGUUCCGAGACACAUGCCACUUCCAGCACCAUUAGUUGGCUCACUAGCGAUAUCACCCACAAAGCCUGUACUUCGAAAGCAUGGAAAAUUAAUUACUUUCUUCAGGAGCUUUAUACUUGCACGUCCAUCACGUAGACGUCUCAAACAGAGCGGAAUCUACAAGGAACGUGUAUUUAGUUGCGACUUAGGUGAACAUUUAAUGAAUAGUGGUCAGGAAAUACCGCAGGUGCUCAAAAGUUGUGCUGAAUUUAUUGAACAAUUUGGUAUCGUUGAUGGUGUCUAUCGACUUUCUGGAAUUACUUCCAAUAUACAAAAACUAAGAAGAGCUUUUGAUGAAGAAAGAAUUCCUGACCUCACGCAACCUGAUAUCAAGCAAGACAUUCAUGCUGUUACUUCAUUAUUAAAAAUGUAUUUUCGUGAACUGCCAAAUCCAUUGUGUACUUAUCAACUUUAUGAUAAUUUCGUAGAAGCCAUUCAAGCGCGUUCGGACGGUGAAGAUCUAAGACUCAAAAUGGUAAAGCAAACAGUCAGAAAACUUCCACCUCCUCAUUAUCGUACAUUAAAAUAUUUAGCGUGCCAUUUGUGUAGAAUCGCUAAGCAUUCUGCAAAGACAGGCAUGACAGAGAGAAAUAUUGCUAUUGUAUGGGCUCCGAAUCUUUUGAGAAGUCCUGCACUUGAAUCAGGUGGUGUGGCUGCAUUGCGUGGUGUUGGCGUUCAGGCUGUCGUGACAGAGUAUUUGAUUGUUAAUUCUGUUGCAAUAUUUGCUGACACAAAUGAAGACUAUGACUUCUACAAUAAUUCACAACCACAUUCAUUGAGUGAUACGAGCAGUCUCCAAAUAGAUCAACGUGAUGCAAGUCUGUCAAUGAUUGAGAGACCAAAAAGCUUAGGGAUCGGUCCACCGAAAUUGAUUAGUUUAGAGGAAGCACAAAUUAGGAAAAACCAAAGAGAAGUUGAUAAGGCAAUGCCAAUCAUUCCGACAUCAACACACAACGCUUGCAGUUCAUACAUUGAAGUUGGUGGUGGACCUGCAAGUUUGCCUGAAAAGUAUCACACUGUGCUUCCAGUUCCAAGAAGUUGGAACAAAAGGAAAACAAAUUCAUGGAAGUCUAUAUUCCAGCGAGGUGGUGGUGGUCGUUCAUCAAAUAUAAAAUCUAAACUAAUUUCUAAUCCAAUUGCUGCCAAAGAAACUGUUUCAAAAAUUGAAAAGAAAAUAAAUGAAAUGCGUAAGGAACUUCCAGUCAUUGUUUCAGCAAACAGCAGUAACAAUAGCAGUUUCAAAGAGAAGAAACUGGCAAAAAGUGCUGAUGCUCUUGACAUGGGCCCGAAAUCGUUAACAAAUGAAGUCACAUGUCCAAGAUCAUGUUCGAUAGAUAGUUUAAGAACACCUGGACAUAGUCGAUCGGUUUCACAUGAUUCAUACUUUGACAUUUUACAGUCACCAUUAAGAGGAAUCACUGCAUGUCCUUCCCGGGAACUUUCUGAAUUAGUAUUAAACUUUGAUCGAGAGGAACCAGAAAUGAGAAUUUUCAGUGAAAGUGAGAGCCUCGUAAGUAGUCCAAAAGUAGUCAAAGAUUCAGUUCCAAGAAGAAUUUUACGUGCUCGUCCAGAAGAGUAUUCAAGUGGCGGUAACAGCAUCAAUCCAAGUCCAAAGAAGCAACCACGAUUGAAUCUCUCAUCUCCAAAUGAGUUAAAGACAUGGGCUACAAUCAUAAGUGAAGUAUCAAGUGAAGGUUUAAAGGAAAAAGCUGAUUAUGAGUCAACAAGCUGCAAAAGGUAUAAAUUUGAAGAUCAGUUGUCAGACUUACAGUUUAUUGACUGUAAUACACCAGAACAUUUGGUGACAACAGUAAGUGGAAAUACUGGAUAUACGAUUUAUACAUCAAUUCAAAUUCACAGUCCACCAUCAUUGUAUGACAAUAAGGAGCAGCAUAAAACCAUUAUUGACACAAAUAGUUCAACUCCUUUAAGAUCUGAAAGUGAACGUUAUAGUUAUCCAGUAACACAAUAUACAACAUUUGCUGCCACAAAGAAGGAAGAUCGUUUCAGUUAUCCAAUUGCAAUUAAUGCAUCAUCUCCAAAGCAAGAAAAGGAAAUAAUUAAAGGAAGUAAUGAAAAUGUUUAUCAAAUGAACAUUAGUGAAAGUCCUCCAGUAUCCAACAAGAAAUCAAAUACAAUUGACGUGUCUUCAAGUCCAAGCAAAAUGGUUGUGAAAGAUGUUCAGAGGAGUAACUCGGAAGUCUUUAAUAAAAAGAAUGAAAUGAAUAGAUCAAAAUUGAGUGUGGCAACACCACAAUCACCUGUAAAAUCGCCAUGUUAUUCUCUUUUAAUCGGAUCAACUGCAAGUUCCGCUAGUUCAUCACCUGUAAAUACUCCAAUAAAUUAUGACAUGGACAUUUGUAAUGUAUAUGAGCCGAUAAGCUUCACUAAUGCCAAAGAUAAUAAAGACAAUGUUGUAAGUGUGAUGCAGACGAGUCAGGAAAGAAGAGAUAGCAAAAAAGGAUUAUCUUUGGACUUGAUGCGUAAUACAAGCAAAAUUAAUGUCCUAUCAUCGCCAAACACACCACAGAUUCUUACAGCAAACUCAGACCGAACAACAACGACAGAAACUGCUGAAACAACUAGUCAAUCCAUAACUCCAAGUGAAAUUCAUUAUGAAAAUUUAUCUUUCAAUCGUCAGUCUAUGACACCGGAAAUAUCACCGCGCGUUGAUGACAUGCAUCAUAAUAGUUUUGUAGUGAAACCGACAAUUGUUCAUGUUCCAUCGCCAACGUUGUCUACCGGAAAGACUUCACCAAUUAAAUCUACAAUUAACAUUACAUAUAAUUUGAAAUCUCCGUCAAGUGUCAAAAGUGAUGGAAGUGAACAAAAGUUUUUUGCUGACGACUUCAAGAAGACUGACUAUGAAAUUGUAUCGAAGGAAGGUCUUUUGGAAACAGCAUUUGAUGACUCAAUGGUGUAUGAGCAAGUUAAAUUCUAUAGAAAUGCUGUAGAAGAAGUCAAUGAUCUUGUGGACGAAAAACCUAUUUCAUUAAACUCUUAUGAUAAUGAGGAAAUCCAGGAAAUUCCAAAUCUUGAUAAAGAAGACGAAGCAGAGGUUGAGGAACAUUAUGAAAUAGUAUUUAAGAACGACAAGAUGUUACUUUCUGACAUUCAAAUGAAGGAAUCCAUUCAAUCUCAAAAUAAUCAAGAAAAAGAAGUUAAAGACCAUGAAAUUGAGACACAAGACAGUCUAGAAUUUGAAGAAAAUAUUUCAUUGUACGAGAAUGUUGAAGUUAAAAUACCUCCAAAGAUAUACGAAAAUGUGCCACUUCCCCCAUCACUUCCCUCCUCACCAGUUCGACAAAUGAAGUCAAAUUCAGAAAAAGGACAGGACAUAACUGAUAAGGAGGUGCAGAAGAUUUCAACAGAAAGUAAAUCAUCACCAACAAAUUUCAGUAAUGUCCGUAAAUUGGCAACAAGAUUCGAGACGAGUCCAGUUGAUGUUCAGCCACCAUUUGAUUUUCACAGAUCUCCAUCACAUAGAUCACGUCCUGAUGUUCAGUUGAGAAAAAACAAUAGAAAUGCUGACAUGUACACAAUCACGAGAAGUUUGGACGAGAAUGCAUUCAUACGAGAAUUUGGCAGUGCACGAAAAUUUGAAGAAUUUAAUAAAAGCAUAAAUGAAAUUGCAGAUUUAUCAAGUCUUUCCAGUAGCUCAUCAGAUCGACGCAAAUCAACAGAUUAUUCAAAACCAAAAGUAUUAAAUCCACCAAAAAAGCUUCCAGGUUUCAGUUCUAAUAUUUCUGAAGCAAUUGAAAAUUGUAAAAAGUCAGUCGAUUAUGCAGAUGGAAAUGGUCACAAACUGAAACUUAACAUUGGUGAUUCUGGUGAGCUGAUUGAGACUCAAAAAAGUCCAGCAAAUGAGCGUCAGCCUCUGCAAACAUUCAAUGUUCGCAUAACACCAACAACCGAAAACCGAAUUUCAUUGAUCCAGACUAAUUUUGAAACAGGUCUAGAGAAAAAGACACUCGCUGAUGAAGAGAAAAGUACAUCAACAACGAGCUUAACAAGCCUUAAAAUGCUUAAACUAGAUCGAGAACGAAUUGAAAAGAUAAAGGAGGAACGAAGACAUCAGUUGAAUGAGAAGUAUAGAAGUGAUUCCUUCAGAAAUCUCAAUAAUAAUGUUAAAUUAUCAAAGCCAAAAUCAAAACAAGAAAUAAACAUUGAUGAUGACUUUAAUGACGAAAUUUGUACGACACAUCGAUUUAAAUCAAAGAGUCGCAAUGAACUUGACUAUGAGCAGCCAAUAAGUCUCAUAAAUACAACAACUGCAUCAUCAUCAACACAAAAUUUAAUAACCACAUCAAGUAAUCGAAUUCGAAGAAUAAGUGAUGAGAAAAAUCAAAAUGAUAUCGACUCAGGCAUUGAUGAUCAGGUAGUGCUUAAAAGCAAAGAUGCUUCCGAACUCCGAGAAAGCAAAUACGAAAAUAAAAUUAAGCCCAAAAUUGAAAAGCGAAGCUUUGAAUUAACUCGCGAGCGAAAUAACAGCUCUGGAAGUUAUAGAUACAGUCAAAAUUCGAAUCAAAACGAUCGUUAUUCACCACAAAUAUCCAUAAAAGACGUUGCUGCAAUUUUUGAAUCGAGAGCAUCACAACAAACAAAUUAAAUCAUAAACUUUUGGUUAACAAUACUCAUUUAGAUACACGUGAAGAAAUAGUCAUAAUGUAAGAUUCUUACUAAGGCUCCUGUAUUUCUUAAAUGCUGGAAUCUUGGUUCUCAUAACUUUUAUUUGUAAAUAAUCUUAAAAAUCUCUAUCCUGAUCUGUCUUAUUUUCUGGCUUUAAUUAAGUUUAAGAUUUCAUUGCACAAUUGAGUUUGUAUAUUUCAUUGAUAAGCAUUAUAUCUACAAAAAUUCUACAUGAUUUGUAAAUUGGGUGGGAUAUUAAUGAUUUUGAGGUUAUCAAGGGGUGUCAAAAUAAGCAAAAAAAAAUUUUGAAAAUUAAAAAUUGAAACUUAUCUAGGAACAAAAGUUUUCAAAAUUCAAAAAAUUACUCUUAAUUUAAAGCUUACUUAUUUCAAAACUGACCCCCUUAAAGCUUCUGGUAGAAUUAUUAAAAAAUUUAUAAGCCAAAAACUUCUUUUCAUGGUUAAUUGAUAAAAAAUUACUGAUGCUAAGCUAAUUCAUCAAAUAUUAAAUCAUUUGGGUUAAAUUACUAAAAUAAUUCAUACAAUCUAAUUAAAAUACUAUAGAACUUUCAUCAUACAAAGUUACUGAUGGAUAAAAAUUAUAUUAAAAAUGUUAAAUCUUUGAAAAAAAUGCUUAUUUAUUACAUUAUAAAAGUUCAUUGCAAAAAAAGACUUAAACAUUUUUAGUAAAAAGACCAAUUGUGAGGUAUAAACUUUAAUAAAUGAUGAAUGGAUAUGAAAUUAGAGGGACAAAAAGUGUAAGCAUGAAAGCAGCCAAAAUAAAAUUUAGGGAAAGCAUGAAAAAAAAAUUUUACAACCGUUUUGAGAAUGCCAAAAUAGAAAUAUUCAGCUUCUUUUUAUUAAAUCUUUUUUACAUUAAAUAAUUGAUAUAGAAGUGCUUCGAAAUUUGUAUAGAGUCGAGAAGACUCUUGAAAAGUCAGCCACCGUAGGAAGUAAAGACAAUAAAGAUUAAAAUCGUAUUAAAAUUGAGUAAAUUUUCAAGCACAUUUUUCGAAGAAUUUUUGCAUGAACAUUUAGGAUUUUUUACUUCCAAUUUCUACUAUAUUCAAAGACUAGAAUAUACAAAUUUAUAGAAUCCAGUGCUUCUCAAACUUUUCCGAUUACGAAACAUUUAAUAACUUCUGUUCUCGAAUAGCACACGUCGGUUAAUCAAUAAUAGAAAUCCGGUACCAAGAAACAGUCACAUCGCCUUGGCACCUGAUUUCUGAUCGAUUAUCCGACUUGUUCUAUUCGGGGUUGUGUUGCUAUACUGUAUGUAAUACAACUGAAGAUACUAGUGUGUCAAGAAACAUAGUUUGGUGGCACUGAAAUAGAAGAUGAGGAUUUGGGCUUAUGGAAAUUUUUUGGAUAGACAUUUAAGGUUUGUCUUAAGAUCAGAUUUAAGAUAUACUUGAGUAUCUCAGUAAAGAACUCUGAUUUAAGAAGAUAGUAAGUUUCAAAAGGAAACCAGGCUGUUUUAACAUAAGAAGAUGAUUUCAUGAAUUAAAAUCAAAUGCCUGAUUAGUUCGCUGUUUGACAGGAGCGUAGCAUGGAAGUAGUUACCUCGAUGUUUGGAUACUCAACAAAAUCUAAUCUCACGAAAUUUAAUUGCUAGACAUCAAAAAUUAACAAAAAUCUAAGUCAAAAUUGCAAGAAAGAAAUCUCAAUUUUUUCAUAAGUCCCACUCAUUUAUAAUGACAUAAAUUUCAUAUAAAGUAGCUAAUAUUUCUCUUCAAAUUCAAACUAUUUCAAAUUCAAUUCAAAUCAUUGAAAAUUUUUAUAAUCAAAAAAACAUAGAAAAUCUCAAUCCCGUACUCAUAUAAUCACAAACAAAACCUUUAUAAACAUUAUAAGAUAUCUUGUUUAAAAUGAUAUUAAAUUGACUUUUAAGUUGCAAUGAUUUAACAACAAAGUAGUAACAAUUUUUUAUGCUGAGGUGAAAAAAAAUGCUUUUUGCAAAAACUUUACAAAUUUAUUGAGCAUUAAGGAUAAUUAAAUUUGUAUUAAAAUAAAAGAAUAAAAAAUUAAUUUAAUUAAUAGCGUGAAUGAUGUUGCUGUAAAAUGCUGAAAAAUACGUAAAGUGUUAUUAAUUUUUUUUAUUGUAUUUUACUUUUACAUGAUUUUCAUAUUAAAUAACGAUGAUACAAAGUGAAAAAGAAGAAUCUGUCUGGAUGAUUAAGUUUUUUUUCAUGAAUUUAAUUAAAUAAUUAUUAAUUAUUGUUUUUAUAUUAAUAUUUUUUACUCCUCUAUGAGUCUAUUUAUUGUAGAUAUUGAUAUUGAUGAUGAACAUACACAUACACACACACGUCUAUAUGAAAAAUUAAUCUUGUGAAAGAAAUAAAUCAAUACUUUAAAUGAAG